CAAAGGUUCUCAGAAGGCUAUCGGGUGAAACUGUAGCCUGGAGCCCAGCCUUGUUCGCUUUUGUCCGCUCCCGAAGGCAGGGUAGCAAAACUGAGGACUGAGUUGGACAUUUGAAGCUUUGCGCGCUUUGUUUGACAGUUGUUGUUUUGGGCUAAAGAAAGGCUACCUGAAACCACAGCACAAAGGCUCAGAUGGAUCGAGUUUCAUUGCAGAUGCCAUAGAGGUCAAAUCUACCGAUAACUCAUCUCUGCACAACAACAGGGAACAGUGUGUAUCCUCAGACCGUGACACCGGCACGGUUUGUGUAGUCCUGAAGGAGCUGAAAGUUGCCGUGCAAGACGCUCUGACUGACAAACUUGACCUUGGUUUGAAACUGUCACUUGCAAGGCGUUUCCACUGACCAGCCAUGUGCUGCAGUGAGUUCGGCAGUUGUGGAGGCAGCUAUAAGUACAACCUCGGCUGGGCCCUGAUUGUUCUGGGCGUCGUUGGCUUCAUCCUGGCAGUGAUAGCUGAUGGGGUGUAUGCAGGAUACCCAUUUGCUGGUGUCCAUCACAUCAGCGCUCCCAUAUGGGGAGGUAUCUUUAUUAUAGUUGCUGGAGGCUUGGCUGUCCGUGGAGAGAAGAGUCCUGAUAAUGCCUGUCUGAGCAUAGCACUACUGGUGAUGAGCAUCUUUGGCAUCAUCGCUGCCUUUGGGAUUUUCGUGAUCGCAGCCGCGGGACAAGGCAUCGAUGGAAUCCGGUGUGACCAGUUUGUGUCGGGACCAUGUGAUCGUGACGGAGGCACCCCUCACGAGAUUGACGGCCAGAUUAUUUACACCCACCGCUGUAGUGAUUAUUGGUCUGAUAACUGGUACGAUCUGUUUCCCGACUGGCGCAGUGUUAAUUGUUGGGGAGUCAGGAUCCUCCACAUCCUCCAGAUCCUGCUGGGACUUGCCGAGACAGUUCUGAUGUUCAUCGUCAGCGUCAGGACCUGCCGCGGAGCAUGUAGGAACUGCUGUGACGGCACACAACAACCUCCGACACAUGCCAUCGUUUACCAGCCGCCUGGAGAGCGCCUAGCCCAACAGGUGCAUUAUGGGGAAAUCAUCGUGCAGACAGCGCCUGGUGGCCAGCCCUAUGCAGGACAGCAGCGAGCCCAACCCGGUCCGUACCCCACACUGGCGGUGCCCCCACCCCCUGUAUCAGAACCUCCACCUUAUAACAUGACUGAUGAUCAGAAGAUUUGAAUGAUGCAUUUUUGCUGUUUGUACAUGUGCAUAUUUGCUGUGUUUUAAAUUUCAUACUCAGUGACAUUUACCGUCCAUUCCAAUCGUCCCAUAGCCUUUUAAUCAGCCGUAGGAUGAUUAAUUAGCCGUAGCGGCAGCACAACAUGUUAUGCUGUAUCAAUAGGCAUGUUAGUUCCCUGGCGGCGCCUAUCUCCUCUCCGGGGCAAGUGACAUUUACCGUUAUUCUAGACCAACUUGCAGAUUUGUGACGGGAUUUUUUGUGGAGAACCUUUUUGAUGUUUCUGUACCCUUUUGGAAAUGGAAAUGUUUUACUGUGUGCGUGAACUAUGUUUGACUGUACAUAUAUGGACCCGCGUAUAUGACCUUAGGGAGUGUCUCCAGAUAUGAAUUCUGAAAAAUCAUAGAUUUAGCCAACAUUUCUUGGCAAAUCGUAUGCAAAAGGUUAUUGAAAUGGUAAAUCAAAACUAUUUUGGAUACCCUGGGAGUGUGAGAUCUGACUAAUGGAAAGGUUCUUGUUUUUAAGAAUCGUUCAUGUGAAUCAGAGCACCACAGAUGGACAUGAAGAGUUGUUAUAAUUUCAGUGGUUGAUUUUCGUCCAUCCAGAGAUACAGGCACUAAAAUGUGUGACAUGAGUGUGGCUUUUUCUGUAGCUAAAAUUAGUAAAAGCUUAAUUACUCAAGAACAUAACGCUUCGCAUUUUUGUUAAUUUUCAGUGCAGACUGCCCUGGUAAGCUGCUAAAAUGAUGGUGUAACACUUAACGCAUAUAAGAUGACAGUAAUUGAUAAGAGUAAUUGACUAGUUUUAUGGUAUCUUUUAAGUUUUAUGGUAUCGCGUUACAUCAAAUGUGGUGAUUUGCCUGAAAUUAAAAGUUCAUGUGUCAACA